AUGGGCGGCGGUAGCAUCGCCGGUCUGCUGCUGCUGGCCGUGGCCUUCCACGCGCUGUGCGUCCUCAGCAUCUUCGACAUCUACUUCCAGUCGCCCGUGGAGUCUUUCAUCCCGAGCGCCAACUACACAUCGUCUCCACCGGCCAAGCGCGUCGUCAUCUUCACGCUCGACGGUUGUCGUGUCGACAAGCUCUUCAAGACCGUCGCUCACUACGCAGACCGCUACGACGUCAGCCCUGACAGCUCUGCGACUGCGCAGUUCAGUUCCAAUAGUCGCACCCCGUUCCUGGGAAAUGUGAUGCGCCAUCGCGGCAGCUGGGGCGUCUCGCACAACCACGCACCGACCGAGAGUCGACCGUGUCACGUGGCGCUGACUGCCGGAAUGUACGAGGACCCGCACGCCGUCACCAAGAGCUGGAGGCGGCAUCCAGUGCCCUUCGACUCGGUGUUCAACCAAAGCAGCAACGCCUUCAUCUACGGCAAUAAAGACGUUGCUCCGAUGCUGGCGAGGCAUGCGCCGCAAGCUACGGAGGAGCACUACACGGCGAGAGAAGAGGUCGACAUGGUACGGGAAGACACGACGCUGCUGGAUGUGUGGGCGUAUCGGAAAAUGAAGGAGCUGUUUGCUCGUGGGACAGAGGCGAAGGACCCGGAGCUCUACAGGAAGCUGCAUGACGACAAACUGGUGAUUUACUGCCAUUUCUUGGGCACAGAUUUGACGGGGCCGAAAUAUGGGGCCGAUUCGAGGGAAUACCUGGAGAAUAUUGCGGUGGUUGAUGAAUUGAUCAAGAAGACGGAGAAAAUGAUCGACGAGUACUAUGGAAACGACGGCCGUACUGCGUAUGUGGUCAAUUCGGACCAUGGAAUGGAUCUGCGUGGAGAUCAUGGUGACUUAGAUCCUUCGAAAACCCGAACGGCAAUUAUUGCGUGGGGUGCAGGUGUGCAGGGGCCCAUUACAACAAACAAGCCUGACCGCGGAGGGUUUGCAAUUGACUUACCUACUCAAUCAAGAAUCGAAGUACAAGCACGAUUGAGAGCUCAGGAAAAGGAAGAGGAGAUCGCAGCACGCGAAUGGGCGUCGAUGGCAAAUUUUACGCGGAAGGACGUUAUGCAGACGGACGUGGCUGCGCUGAUCAGUGCACUAGCAGGACUUCCUUACCCUCGUAACUCGGUGAGUGUCUUGCCAUUUACAUAUCUACCCGAGAACAAAUACCGCGCUGUCGCCUUGCGUGCAAAUGCCGAACAGCUAUACCGACAUGCGCUGCGAAAGGAGGAAGUGAAGCGUGCCCAUCGAGGUUUGUUUUUUGUGCCAUACUCGCCUCUUCACCACCGGGUACUUGAUCUUGAGGCCAGGAUGGACGAAGCCCUUGACAAGGGUAAGAGUCAUACGAUUCAUCAAGAGGCUCAUCGCGUCGUCGAGGUUUCUAGCCAGGAGAUGAUUGAAAUUUGCCGGAACGCGAUCGUGUACUACCAGACGUACGACUGGUUGUUUUUGCUGGGAUCCGUCGUUCUGGGCUACUUUGGCUUAGCUUUCGUCGUGAUUAUCGCCUACCUCAAUCCUCUAAAGUUUCGGCUGCGGUGGCUGUUGCUCCAUACGAUCGACAUCAAGCUCGUUGCUGCUGCGGGCGCAGUGAUGUGGUGGCGGCUUCUUGCAGAUUCACCGCUGACCCACUAUCUCUACGGACUGUGCCCCCUUGUCUUCUGGAAAUUCGCUUGGGGUCAACGCACUACAUUAUACGCGGCGGUAGUAUUUCCUGGACAAGGAUCGUGGUGGCAAUGGAGUGCUGGACUUGCAUCGAUUUUCCUGUGCCUAGAGCUUGUUGUCCUCGGCUACCAGUACCGGCCAAGUUUUAGUCUAUUGUUCGUUCUACUUGCGAUGAAGUUGAUGUCGUCAAGUUUCUGCUGGUCAGUAAGUUGUCUUCUCCUCGCUAUCUUCCCAUGUUUGCCGAGUAAUUAUGACCAGAGCACGCCUUUCGUAGGAAUCGGCGCAUUUUUCCGAUGGAAAACGAUACUUGGUUCUGGAGCAACACCGGUGCUGUUUGCAGUUCUCACUUUUCACUGGACCGACAACUAUUUGCAAAACAACGACACCCCUCCAUUCACCCUUGUGGUAACAAACUGGGUCGUUGUCAUCUUGCCCCCGGCCUGGUUUCUAAUCCACGGGAAAUGCCAGAGUAAAGCGAGUGGAUUGUGUUCGCCCAACCUAGAAAAAGCUGGUGAUCUCGAGCGGCAGCAGCCAGGUGAAGAUUCCCCAAGCUUGUUGGUUAUGAGGCUUGUGAAGGUGCAGUUAGCUCUCGCACCAGCUCUCACGUUGCUUAGUUCAUCGUACGAGCUUAUGUUUUACGUGGCGCUAUGCAGUGCUCUCGUCAGCUGGCUGUUACUGGAAGUAAAGCGAACUUUUGCUGCAGGAAUCUCUACAAGUCGCGAGGUUCAACGAGCUUUGCUGUUGUUGUUGUUCGCCCAGAUUUCGUUCUUUGGCACAAGCAGUGUGGCGGGUAUGACCAGUUUUCAACUGCCUUCGACUCGGCGGUUUUUAACAGAACCUGAUCCUUCGGUAGCGCAGGCUCUUGUGGUCCUGAAGCUUUUGAUUCCGUUCGUGGUUGUUGGCUGUGCUUUUCGGCUCAUCCUCCUCUUGCCCUCGGGAGCAGUAUCAUCAAGAGAAAAGGAGUUGCGGGGGAGUUCUUGCUGGGUCUCGCGCUAUUAUCUGCUAGCAAUCGCUUUUGUCGAGUUGCUGGCUGUGCACUACCUCUUUCUUGUGAACAAUGAAGGCAGCUGGAAGCAGAUGGGGAACUCCAUCGCGGAAUUCUGCAUCAUCAAUGGCCAGGUAGUCCUAUUAUCGACCAUCGUGCUGCUUGGUUGGGUUUUCGUGAGCGACUUGGAGCCAAAUGACAAAGGAUACGAAUUAGUGGAAGCAGAGGAAGAUGAUGAGAAGGUUCAAUAG